GCUUUCUUUAACCCGUAAGUUGCCCGUGCUACCCCCGUAACAAUAUUGUACGACGAUGAUGAUGAAAAUUGCAAGUCUCUCUCUCCUCUUUUUUCCCCUUUUCCGACAUUAACACAUAAACACAGGCAGAAAAUAAGAGAGAGAGAAAAGAAAAUCAAAAGGAUCGUUAUUCGUUCAUAUACCAGUUACUUCUCCCCCAAUUUUCACCAAAUUAGGGCACAAAACCCCAACGAAUGAAAAACCUUUCGAUUUUUUCAUCAAUUAAUCGUCGACGCAUUCCUCUGAAACUUGCAGAAAUUCAAUCGUCUUCGAUCGUAUAGAGAAAAAUUGAAAAAUUAAAUAGGGUUUUUGAUUGUCGAAAUUAGGGAUUUGAUUGGGGUUUUUGAAUUCAGAUGAAGGAGCCAUUGAAUCGAACCAAAGUAGUGGUAAGGCACUUGCCCCCUUCUCUCUCACAGUCGUCCUUUUUCGAGCAAAUCGAUGGCCGUUUCUCUUCUCGUUACAAUUGGUCCUCUUUUUGCCCUGGAAAGUCUAGUCACAAGAAUCAGAGGUAUGCUCGGGCGUAUCUGAAUUUCAACAGUCAUGAUGAUGUUUGUGAGUUUGCUGAGUUCUUUAACGGCCAUGUUUUUGUCAAUGAAAAGGGAACUCAAUAUAAAGCUAUAGUGGAAUAUGCUCCUUCUCAACGUGUUGCAAAGGCUAAUGCCAAGAAAGAUGGCCGGGAAGGGACAAUUUACAAAGAUCCAGAGUAUGUGGAGUUCCUUGAGCAGAUUUCAAAACCUGUUGAGAAUCUUCCUAGUGCCGAUAUACAGCUGGAAAGAAGAGAAGCCGAACGAGCUGGUGUACAAGAAGCACCUAUCGUCACACCGCUGAUGGAAUAUGUGCGAAAAAGGAGAGCUGCGAAGGGUGGCAAUCAGCGUCUAGGGUCAGAUGGAAAGAGUCGUGGACGGUCUGCGUUGGCUUCAGGGAAGUCUCGAUCCAGCAAGCAAAACUCGUAUGUCUUAAAAAAUAAUGGGAAGAGAACAAAUGGAAAAGACAAAUCAGCAUGUGUUCUUGUGUCUCAGAGAAAUAACGAAGUGGAUGCUUCCAGCAAAAAAGGAGUAGCAGAGAAUGAAACAGGAAGUGGUUCUCAUGAGACUACAAAGAAAAGGAUUCUGCUUUUGAAAGGGAAAGAGCAAGAGAUUCAUCAGGCAUCUGAAGGUACUACCCUGCCCAAGGUUGUCGUCUCUGAUGCUUCAUCGCCUUCAGUUGGUUUGAAAUUAAAUCAAAGGCCUGAUGCUAGUGGAAGAAUUAUUAGAAGCAUAUUAUUAAACAAGGAACUUCGUCCAAGUCAGUCAUCCUCAUCUGUCCAGACAGAGCACAAACUUCAGGGCUCAAAUUUAGAGAGGAGCAAGCGUCCACCACGACCAUCCAAUAUGAAAUCAGGAAUGCCAGCCUCCACUGGUGAACAGCCUCCUUCGGGUGUGGAUUAUAUGGGAAAGAGGUCUAAUGAGGAAAAACCUUCAGGAGGUGAACCCCAUGGUGUUGGCCGUGAAAAGCAAGACAGACGUACAAGAAGUAGGGAAAGACUUGAUCGUGGUGUCUGGACACCUCGCCGUCCUGAUUCUUCUCAGAUUAGCAAUGAGAAUCAAAGUAAUAUUUCAGAUUCUUAUGAAGCUAAACGUGGAGACUCGAAAUAUGAUGCAUCUGGCCGUAAUGUUGAAGGCAUAGUCACUGCAGGUGGUCGCAACAGCUCAUAUGCAGAAAAUGGCUCCCAUAGGAAUUUUGCUCGUCGUGGUCCAACACACACUAAGGAUGAUGGGCCAUCCAAACGCGGAGGAGGAGUUGGCCAUGCUCAUCAUGAGAAGCAAGUGUGGGUCCAGAAGUCAGCCUCAGGUUCCUAAACAUGUCUUCAUAGGAGUUUACACUUGCCAAUCACCUAUGGUGAUGAAGUUCUGCUUGAAUAGGGAUUGUCUUCUUUUGUGAAUAGUCAGGGCUGUGGACUGGUGAUGGCAUUUGGCUGUCAGAUCAGUGUAUUAAUCACUGGAAGAGGUCUUCUAGGGUAAAUUUUCAAAGAGGGCUUCGACUGUUUUGGAUAUUGCACAGGAGAGGUUAGUUGCCGCUCAGUUGGAGAUGCAAGCUUUCCUUGCAGAUAGAGUUGACCAAAUCGAGAAUAAAGCUAAUAUCAAUGUCGGUUGUUAGGCAGCACAGUAUAGUAGGCCUCUCUUGCAGAUUUCUGCUUGUGUGGAGAAACUCCAGAUAUAGUGUUCGACUGCUAUCGUGACACCUGCUCGGAUUGUAUAGAGCAUGGUCUUGACGGGUAAAGAUUGACUGGUUAAUACUGUAUAUACUGUGGCAUCCCAACAUUAAGUUGUGCAGCAUAUGGUCUACAAGGUCGACAUCCUAGCAGAAUAUCCUUUUGCUGUUUUAUUGUUAGUGAUUUUGGACUUGUAUUAAAACCUUUGGGCUGCUUAACUUUUCUGCGAUGCAAAGUUAGUUACCUGAUUUGGAUAUUGGAUGUUAGUAACCCAGUAGUGUUAUGCUUGUGUUGACGAAGCAGUUAUAUAGAUCAAUAGAUUAUAUAUGGUGUUUUAAGAAAA